GCUAAAAGACGACAUUUCCUGGUUUGUUCCACGCACAGCUAAGAGCUAGCACAGAAAACGUCGUUUUUAGAGCUGAAAUGAAAGUGGAUGAGAGAUUGAAAUAAAUUGAGAUGAAAGAGUCAUAUGUACGCUGCGCCAAAGCCGUUCGAGACGAUGAGUACGGAUCUAAUGUCGGACUUGGACAGUCGGUUCUUCGAGGAUAACCUCCUGACCAGCGAGGACUGGGAUGCUUGCUUGUUCCACUGUGACAGCUUGGAGGACGACCAUGACCGCCUUUGCCUGGCGUCCAAGUACGACACAUCCUUCGACAAUGACCUCGUGCUCACGCUGGAUGGCGAGGACCCCCUAUCUCCAUGGCAACACACACCCAAUAAUCUGCUCCCAGGCGAUGGCGCCGGGAGUGAGGGAAGCACGGCGGCGCCAAUGGAGAUGAUGUUCCAGGUCAAAGCUGAGCCGCCGUCCCCUGCGUCAUCGCCGGAGGCUGACUGCUCGCCAUCAUUGGCCGAUCCUCAGGUCCCGCUGAAAGGCGAAAAUCCCCCCACGCCUCCCUGCAUGUUUGGAGAUGUGAUGUCACCCCCGCUGGGCGCCAUGGAGGUCACCGUGGCGACCACUGCCGCAGAGACGCAUACAUCGUUUACCACGCGGCUGCCCGCCAUUGUGGCCGCCAUCCAGACACAGGCUGCAGUACUUCCUGCCUUGACCUCGCUGAAGACCAACGCCAUCGUUGGUGCCAAACCUGCCAUACAGCCUCGCCCCCUGUGCGUGGCCACUCUGCCCGCCCCCCAGGCACCGACGGCCGCCAAGACGCUUCUCCUGCCGGGCGUUCCCGCCAUGGAGCAUGCGCGACCUGUGGUCUGUCUCGCCUCCGCCCCCGCCAUCGUCAAAGUGGAGCCCGUCUCACCCACGGCCCCGCCCCCUGGCAAAGCUAUCAUCCCGGCGACGCCGUUGCUCGGCAAAGCCUGCAAUGACGUAGACAUGAAAGUUCUCAAGCGUCAGCAGAGGAUGAUCAAGAACCGGGAGUCAGCAUGCCAGUCCAGGAAGAAGAAGAAGGAGUACGUUCAGAACCUGGAGGUCCAGCUGAGGAGGGCGCAGCAGGAGAAUGAGCAACUCCGGAAGGAGAACCAGGCGCUGAAGGAGAGACUGGCUGGGAAGAAGGGUGGGGAGUCUCCGAGCAGCAGGCGAGCCGUGUGCGUCAUGGCUCUUCUUCUUUUCAUCACCUUCAGCUUGGGACCCGUCAGCAUCAUGGACAGGAAGUUGGCACCAGGCCUCCGAGAUGGCGGCGAGUCCUUCACAAGUCGCCGGCUGCUGGAGAUGCGGCCACCGCCCCGACCGAGCCGCCGACCUUCUGGCAGACAGGAAGACAAAAUGCCUGCGGAGGACGACGGCGAGGCGAAAACGUUUGCGGCGGAAUCCUUUCAAUUCAGGAACUCCAGCAGCAUCUUCACCGACACCAAGGAACUCCUCCUUCAUGAUCUGGAACGCUACUUUAACUCCGCCCACUGUCCGCAGUUCAACCGCUCAGAGUCACUCAGGCUGGCGGCUGAGUUGCGAGGUUGGGUUCAGCGUCAUCAGAUCAACCAUAAGAAGUCUGGUGGGAAAGCCAAGAAGGCCAAAAUGGCUCAGCGGGCCCAGCUCAGGAAGACCAACGUGUCGAGGUAUCUUCCCAUCCAGACCCAUGGCUCCAUUGAAAGUCAGCUGCAGGUUGUUCCCGGGCCUGAGGUGACCUACAGCGACUUCCUGGACGCCAUUGACCGCCGCGAGGACACCUUCUACGUGGUGUCCUUCAGACGGGACCACCUGCUGCUUCCCGCCAUCAGCCACAACAAGACCCGCCGGCCCAAGAUGUCGCUGGUCAUGCCCGCCAUGUCAGUCAACGAGAGCCUGUACAACGCCUCCCGUGGCUACGAGAUGAUGAUGCAGGUGGACUGCGAGGUCAUGGACACGCGGACCGUCCACAUCAAGUCCUCUGCCGUCCCCCGGUCCCUGCGUGACCCGCCCCCUCCAGCCCGCUCACACGCCCACCAUCACCACGGCAACCACACCGUCCUCCGUGGGCAUCACCAGCGCCACCCCUCAUCUUCACCUUCCUCGGCGCGUCGCAGCCGUGAGGACAAAUAUCUCCUCAGCCAAUCAGAGGGUGUCUGAAGAGGCGUCGGCGUGGUCAUCCCAGCACCUGACUUUUUUUGGUCUCCUUUUAUUUAAUGUUGUAAAUAGCGACAUGUAAAUAUUCACUUUGCUUUUUUAUUGUAUCUAGAAGAAACACAUCCACGUCGGCCAUGUUGACCUUAGCUGUCUGAUCACCAACGUUUCCUUCCUUCCUUCCUUCUCUUCCCUUCUACUUCACCUUGUCCCCUGUCAGAGCUGUCUGUAUGAAAAAUGAAAGAUUCAAAACAAAAGAAGUGUUUUAUUCCCUCAAGCUCCACUAGAUGGCACGCUUUCUUCAUCUUGGACACCCACUAACCUUUUUCACCUGAACAUCAUGGACAUGAAUUCCUUCUGUUA